AUGCGGGGAAAUAGAGUUAUCAUACCGAAAACCUUACAAGAAUAUGUGCUUGGCGAGUUACACAACACUCAUUGCGGCAUCGUGAAAAUGAAAGCCAUCGCGCGAUCAACGGUUUAUUGGAAGAAUAUCGAUAAAGAUAUCGAACAGAUUGCAAAAGCAUGUCACAUCUGCGCUCAGUAUCAAAAAGCGGAUCGACAUGUUCCAUUACACAAAUGGGAAACGCCUACAGAACCGUGGCAAAGAAUUCACAUUGACUUUGCGGGCCCAAUCUACGAAAAACAACUACUAAUAGUUAUCGAUGCAUUAACAAAGUGGGUUGAGGUGAUAGUGUUCGACAAAGCACCCACGUCAAAAACAACAAUUACUGCGCUCAAACACAUAUUCGCUGCGCAGGGGCUACCAAUGACAAUCGUUUCCGACAACGCGACAAUAUUCAAGAGCGACGAAUUUGAGCAAUUCUUAGAAGCCAACGGUAUAGCUCAAUUAAACAGCGCACCAAAUCAUCCCGCCACAAAUGGACAAGCGGAGCGUACAGUACAGACGAUUAAAACGAAACUUAAGAAAUUAAUGUCCGAGUCGACGGGAAACAUACGCGAGAAAAUUGACGAUAUAUUAUUCGACUAUCGCGCGACACCAUUAAACUGCGGAAAAACACCGGCGGAAUUACACUAUAGUAGACAAAUUAAAACAAAAUUACAUCUACUGACACCGCCAACCAACUUAAUAACCGAUACAAAAUACGACAAACAUGAACGAAAAAUAAAAUCAUUUACGAUCGGACAACGAGUUCUAUCCCGGAACUAUUACGGCAAUGAUAAGUGGCGUUUGGGUACCAUUGUUGAGCGACUCGGGAAAAUACAUUACCAUGUGCGCCUCGACAACAAAGUAAUCGUAAAGCGUCACGCAAAUCAGUUAAAGCGUACUGCGUGCCAAACGACACCAGCGACUUCAGUCGACGAGCAAGUGAAGAAAAAUGAAAACAAAGCGGUAUUAUUCAAGUUACCAGAUAUAAGCGUACAAAAUCAACGGAAACCGGCACAAGAGGAGCAAAAAUCAGAACAAGUACAAGUACGACGAUCAACACGUACACGUCGUCCGGUAGAACGUUUAAAUUUAUAG